AGAACACUCUCCAACAUGGCGGCGUCAGCUAAGAAGAAUAAGAAGAAGGGGAAGACCCUGACUCUCAAUGAUUUUCUUGCUGAUGAAAGUGGUGGCAAUGCACCUCCCAGUUUCCCCACCACAAAGGCCACCAGCUGGGCCGACGAGACUGAUGACUUGGAAGGAGAUGUUUCAACUUCCUGGCAUACUGUGGAGGACACGUAUCGAGCUCCUCCCAUUGAUCGUUCCAUCCUGCCAACUGCGCCCCGUGCAGCACGAGAGCCAAACGUCGACCGCUCUCGACUGCCCCGCAGCCCGCCUUACACCGCCUUCCUCGGUAACCUGCCCUACGACGUGAGUGAGGAAUCCAUCCGGGACUUCUUCAGAGGCCUUGCGAUCAGUGCAGUACGCUUGCCACGGGAGCCAAAUAACCCAGAGAGACUUAAGGGUUUUGGUUAUGCUGAAUUUGAUGAUAUUGAAUCACUUUUGCGUGCUCUCAGUCUAAAUGAAGAGAAUCUUGGCAACAGACGUAUCCGAGUGGAUAUCGCAGAUCAGUCCAAUGACAAAGAGCGGGACAGUGGAAUGAUGUCAGGCCGAGACAGGGAUAGAGAUCGUGGCCGUGGGAUGGACAGUGGUCCUGAUAAGACUGAUUCUGAUUGGAGGGCACGGCCAAGCUCAGACCAAGAUGAUGGCCCACGCAAAGAUGAUGGAUAUGGGGACAAGUCGCGUGACCGCUACGAGUCAGACAGGUUCAGAGAUGGUCCACGGCGUGAUGAUCGCUUCAGUGGUAGAGAUCGCUACGAUGACAGGGAUCGAAAAGAUCGUUAUGAUGACAGAGACCGAAGGGAUCGCUUCGAUGACAGAGGCAGCAGAGACUAUGAUCGUGGAGGUUUUGAUUCACGUGGUGGAGGACGUCGGGGAUUCAGCAGUGGCUUCAGACGGGACUAUGAGGACCGGCGAGAUGGAGAUCGCUUUGGAGAUAGGGAGGACAGGAGGGAUGAAGGCAGAGAAGAGAGGGGUCCUCCACAGAGGCCCAAGUUAAAUCUGAAGCCACGGAGCAUCCCGAAAGAAGAGGAGCAGAGUGGAAGCGUGUCCCCCCAGAGCAACCCGACAAAUACCAGCAGGGCCUCCUCUAUAUUUGGAGCAGCCAAGCCUGUGGACACAGCUGCUAAAGAAAGAGAGGUGGAGGAGAGACUGAAGAAAGAACAAGAGCGCCUCCAGAGACAACUGGAGGAGGACAAGAACAGGCCCUCAGAGAGACGGCCACGAGACAGAGACCCGAGUUGGAGAAGUGAAGAGCCACCUAAAGAGCGCCAACACACAGGAAGUGAAUCUUCACAUCCUAAAGGAUCUAGGUGUCGAGAUGAUGAACAUUCAGAGAAUGAAGUCUUCAGUGGCCAGGAGAGCGAGCCGAUCUCUCCCACAUCUCCAUCCCCCACUUCCAAUCAGGGAAGUCUCCCACUGAAGGUAAUGCCAGCUCCUCCGCCUAAAGAAAACGCCUGGGCCAAACGCAGCUUGGGGGGUGGAGCUAAUGAGAAGGAAGCACCACCCUCGGCAAAUGCACCUAUCAACAAAAGUGCUCCUAGACCCAACAGGAAGGAGGUCAAGCGGGACAAAGAUCCCAGAAUAGCCUCUGAACCAAAGAAGUAUGAAGAGAGUGCUCCUCCUAAGUUCAGCUCUGCAAGCAAGUACGCUGCCCUGCUAAUGGACGGAGACCAGGGAGAAGAAGGUGAUGGAGAGGAAUGAACAAUUAGGAAGGAUCAACUACUACAGAAACACACAACAGGAGAAAAUGAGCAUGAUCAAAUUAGAGUUCCCUCAUGCUGAAAGAAUGGCCACAAUGCUGUUUCUGUCACAUUUAUGGAAAUUUAUAAAGGUAUUCCUGAAACUGGCCCAUUUUAAUAAAAAAAUAAAUAAAAUAAAAACAAAUCAGUGCAGUGAGUAGAUGAAUGCAUUCACACGUGUAGACAUUUAAAAAUCAUUGUUAAUUUGAAAGUCAUUGUUAUAAAUAAAAAGUAUGUAAGAUACUGUAA